ACUCUCCUUGUUUGAACAGCUGCACAGUUGAAGAGAGCGAGACCAUAGUAAGGAACACAUCGCUCUUCACUGUGUGAGGAGUGUGACGAAGGAAUUGAAACCCACUACUUUAAAUGGAUUAUCUAACCAAAGGAGAGUUUUUCUUGGAUUACAUUUUGUUCUUUGCCCGUUUAAAAAACUGCGUAAAAGAGUGUAAGGAUACAUUGUAGUGACCAUUAGUGACGUGUACAACUAUUACUUCAUGUGGGUGGAAAAUAAAACACUAUCUUAUUUUUUAUUUGUGAAAAAAACUUUUGAAAUAUGUGAUAUGUUUUUAUUGAAAGGACUGGGUUAUUCAGGGGUGGACAACGGAGAAUAUUGCCGAUUCUGUUCGCGUCGAAGCCAUGGGGUGCUUCUGGCGUCAGUGUGACCAUCUCUUGUGCGCGUCUUUGAGAUGGAAGAGGCAGUGGAUAUUCACUGGAAUUGAAGUUUAACAUUCUAACAUUUAUGCUCCCGACACACAUUCAAUUGGAAUACAUUCUGGUUCUCUAUGGCAACUUUGAGCACCAAAAACAUGGCUUGCAUUCCAAAUGUCUCGGCGCAAUGGCUAAAUAGGAAGAACCACCAGUAGCAUUCUUAUUAGUUGUCAGGGGCAACGAUGAUUGCGACAGGAGGUGUCAUCACGGGACUGGCCGCACUCAAGCGGCAGGACUCCGCCCGCUCCCAUCACCUGUCCAUGCAGAUGCAGCCGCCGGCGCCGCAGAAGAAGAAGACAAAGCGCAAGCCGCGGGCAGACGUGGUGGUUGUGCGGGGGAAACUCCGACUCUACUCUGCGUCUGGGUUCUUCCUGGUCCUCGGGUGGCUGGUACUGAUGGCCGGGAUUGCAAUGGCCGUACUGGGCUACUGGCCACACAAGGAGCCCAACCCACGCCCGACUAGUGCCAAGUUGCCAACCACGAGCGACGGCAGCACUAGUAGCAAUGCGUCAAAGGUGAGGCCAGAACCGGGUGGAGUGGUGGCCCAGUUCUUUGAGCAGCACCUGCACUCGGAGAAGAUGAAGAUGCUGGGGCCGUUCACAAUGGGCAUCGGCAUCUUCAUCUUCAUCUGCGCCAACGCCAUCCUGCACGAGAACCGCGACCGUGAGACCAAGAUCAUCCACAUGCGGGAUAUGUACUCCACUGUCAUUGACAUCCACAGCCUAAGGGUCAAGGAGCACAAGUUCAUGAAUGGAGGCUCGGCGUUCACGGGGGCCUACAUGGAGCAUGAGGUCUCCAGGACAUGCCGCCACGAGAACCAGUGUGCCUCACGGUUAGCAGCCAACACACUACUUUCUUUUUCGGGCAUUGGCAAUGACGUUCGGCUUUCACGACGAACCAGUCCAGCUGAAGAAGAGGAAGGUCUGCUGAACGAAGCGAAGGGCGGCUUGAGCCACCCUGGGGUUAACUACAGAGAACGUUCUGGCUCAAUCUUCGGCCUGCAGCCGGAGUGCGGACGACCCUGGGAUGACCGCUUGAAGAGGUGUCAAACCGGCUCGAUCGUCUCAUCCUCCAUCAGCGCCUUCACUCUUCCAGUCAUCAAGCUCAACAACUGUGUGAUUGACGAGCCGGACAUCGACAGCAUCACCGAUGACUCCGAGAGCCAGGUGAGGGCUAGGUCCCGGCCGUCUUCCUUGGAGUCCCUCUCUGUGCCUAUGCCAGACAUCGCCAAAGCCUACAAGCCCCCGACAGUGACCCUUCUCAGGAGCCACUCGGCCACGGAGACCCCCUCGUCCCCCUCCUUCUUCCAGGCCUCGCUGUCCCCUGUCUCGGCCAGCAGCUGCUUCCUCUCCCCAGGCGCUGCCCGCAAGGACUUUGGCUCCAACAGCUCCAUCCACAUGCUCUCGGCCCACUCCAAGUCCCUGGACCUGGAGCGGGGCCAUGCCACCCUCACCGUCCAGCCUGAGCAGGCACGCAAGCACCCCAGCUGGCCCCGGUUGGACCGCAGCAACAGCAAAGGCUACGUGAGGCUGGAGAACAAGGAGGACCCCAUGGACCGGCUCCUGGUGCCGCCAGUGAGCAUCAAGAAGGACUACACUAAGAAGGAGAAGCUGCUGAUGAUCUCCAGGUCUCAUAAUAACCUCAGCUUCGAGCAUGAGGAGUUCAUGAGCAGCUCUCUGAAGAGAGGGGCCUCAGAAACAAGGUUUUAAAAUGGACACGUGUUCACAGGUGCCAUAACACACUCACACACACACACACACACACACACACACACACACACACACACACACACACACACACACACACACACACACUGACAUGCACACUCAAUCGGUCCAUGUUGUCUGUGAUAGGAAAAUUCUACUGCAAUACAAAGUGAUUGCUUUUGGGUUUUGAUGUUUAUGUUCUCUUGCAGUGCACCGUGGCGUUGUUGCAUUGGUGUGAAAUGUAGGUACUUUCAUUGAACUGCUCAGGUAGCCAUUACUGAAGAGCCUGAAAAGUGUUGAAAUGACAUGGGGUGGAACAUACCCACUGUUGGGAAGAUCUCUGAUAAUUCAUGUGGAAAUGUGUGUUAAAACGUUGUUAAAACGGGGCAAGAACAGGACUCAAAUAAGAAAGUAUUAAAACUGAUGUGUUGUAAUGUGCAAUGUUUCCAUUGUCUUUGCUUUAAUGAGAGGGGAGGUAUUGUUUGUUUGUUUUUAAACAGUCUGUGUACUGUGUCAGAGUUAGCAAGGUAUUUUGCUAAGAGGCUGUAAAUAAUUAAUUGUUCAAACACACUGCUAUUUUUGAUGAGUCAUCAAUGUAUAAUUUAUCUGUUUCUCAGAAUAAAGAUGAAAAGUUCCUAA